UUUUGUUUUUUAUUAGUUGAUUGAAGCUGUGCUGAGAGGCAAAUCCGGAGGUGAAGAAGUACUACAGGAGUACCAAACAACAGAAACCCUGACAGAUGCUGCAAGAAGACAAAUGGUUAACAUCCUGGUGGCUCACAUGAUUGACAAUCAUGGGCACCUUCCCACUAAAGAAACCAGAGAGGAUUAUGCACAUGGGAUAGUGAUGCUGUUCCCUUCCCUCAGGGAUCCAUAUUCCAAGAAGGGCUAUGAACACUUCUAUGAUUCUGCAAGCAGCACAGGAUACAUUUCUUGGCGUCUGAAAACAGUCCAGAGGAAGAUUCGUCAAGGAUCUGCAGUGCCACCAAAUAGCGCUAUUUGCUCUUCUCCAGGAGGCCCAAAUUUCCAAAGAACUGUUCAUGUUGAAAGGCAGCUUGAUGGUGAUGCUUGCCAAGAGGCCAUGUCUUUGCUCAACCAUACCACAGACAAUUCCCUGAUUUUCCAGAAGAUGAGAGAGACCUUUCUGCACCGUCAGAAGCUCGUUAAUGACCCAGGCAGAAGUGUUGAUAUCCUCUCCAGCUUCCCAAGAUUCCUGGAUACAAAAGGAUUGGUGGACCAAGACUUCACUCUCCUAUUUGAUGAUGACACAUCCUCCAGGCUUCUUCAGAAAUGGGAUUUGUUCUUCAAGCCAAAUGUCAUAAAAGAGGCUAAGCAGCUCACUUCAACACCAGAGUUGCGUCACUUGGUGCAGUCAGCAGAAAGUCCCCAAGGAGAUGAUCUUGAUGAGGAAACAACCUACGACCAAGAAAUGGUCUCUCUGUUGUUGCUGUUACAUCUCCUUCCACCACCUCCAGGGGGACUGAAGUCUCCAAAAAUUAGUGCAUCUGAUGCAGUUGAGAGACUUGUUGUCUUUCAUAAGUCAUGCUGCAGUUUGGAGGAGCAUCUCCGCAACCAGCAGGGUCGACAGCCAUACCUCCUUGCGGUCGGGAGUCAGAAGAGCAAGAUUGACAGCUUCUACAUCACCAUGGAUAAGCAUCUCAUCCCAUGCAAGGCAAUCCGCUUCCUCGGGGCAUGCGAUGAACUUUUCAAAGCACAUUUUGUGUUUAAUUUGUCUUACGAUGUGGCACUAGUGAAUUUUUACACGUUCUUGCAGACAACAGUGUAUAACAUUGAUGUGGGGAAAAUGAAGGAGUCGCCCAGACUUAGAGAAUUGAGAGCGAGACUGCUUAACCAUCCAGGAGCACUUACACCUUGUGAAUAAGAAUACUUUUGGUUGGAGAUCACGUUAUUUUUUUGUCUAAUAAGCUAUUUACAGAGGGUGUGGAAAGAUGUCUAUUAAAAGGUGUGGAAAGAUGUCUAUUAAAAAUGUCUGAGCUUAGAUUUGAUAAACCUUUUGAUAUUCAAAGCUUGUAUAAUAACAAUAAUAAUAAUACAUU